AUUUGGACUGGAUAAGUAACCUAAAUAACAGUACUGUUACUAAUUUUACUGUAACCAAAUGAGGAUAGUGAUGUUUUGCUGACCCUUAUUUUGAAUCUGCAUUGUGUAUCUGACAGACCCCGCCCAUUACUUUUUCAGCCCUGUGUACUGGUUAUGUGUAUGUAGUCUACAAGAAGCACCUUUUAGUCCGUUUCAAUCCUGGGAUCUGUUGACAGAAAAGAGAGAAACAAACACGGUCAAGACUAGAUUCUGGUGGUAGGCUGCACAAGAAGGCUGGCCAUGAUUGGAAGGGGAUUCCUGGGUUGUUUCAUCUUGUGUCUGUCUCUGGCAUCAGUAUGCGCUGUCAAGGGAACCCUUAAUUCAAUAAAGGACCUCAAGGGAAUAGAGUUUGGUCACACCUUUCCUCGGCACGGCCUCAUGCUGCUCCACUGGAUAGCCAACAACAUUUACAAUGACAACAACGGCAACAUGAGACUCAAUUUCAACCCAGCCAGGAGAGACUAUGGCUUUCAUUUCUAUGGAAACAGACCCUGUUCAUUACCUUUUCUGCUUCCUGAAAGCGGAAGAUACUACUCACUAGGGAAUAUGAACAGUAAUGGCUCAAGGGCACUUCCUUAUUAUGUAACUCGAAGUUUCUACAACUCAAGGGGACCUGAGAGAAACAUGGACAGGGUCGUACUCAGAGUUAGGGAUGAAGGGUCCAAUCAGUUCAUUGCAGACGAGGUCUAUGUCACACAGCACUAUCCACUAAAUGAAAACAGAGGAACUGGCUAUGAUCCAACCAGGACAUACCGUGUCAAUGUCAUCCUCCUUAGACAAAUCCAAAAUCUAUCAAACAUUAACCUAAAUGUUAUUCCACAAACAUAUCAUGCCGAGAUCAACCACAGCAGUCUGCAGAGUCUGAGAAACACCUGGGGAGACACACCUGGUCUGGUACUUCUUCUGGCUCUUGUAUUGCACUUUACACAUCGCAAUAUCUUAUUUAAGGAGCAAGCUCUUCGUUUAACAUCUCAACCCCAGAGUGGCAUGGAUAACCCCAGAGUGGAGGACGAUAAAUCAUUGAUUAAGCUUGAGGUGAAAACCACAGAUAGAGGAAAAGCCAGGAUCAUCUGGAGUGGGAUCCCCAAGAGGCUAUUAGACCAGGGUGUAAUGGUGGUGCUUUAUAAGAGCAAUGGAAGUGAAAGCAAACUAGACAGGGUCUCGGUCGGGGGCAAGGCCUCUGGGAGUUAUAACACCUCAGUACCCCUUAACCCUGGUCUCCAGGUCAGGCUCCAUAAGAAGGUAAUGAUCUUGUGUGUAUUUGCCACUAUUGGGGACGAGAUAUGUAGGAGUUCUGAGUUUCAUGAUGCCAACAGAGAGAUUCCUGCUUAUAUUAAUGACUAUGACGCCAGUCUGCAGCUCUUUGUAAAGGAUGGAAAGGCCUGCGCUCGUCUGUACGUAAAGAAAUCCUUCACUGCCUGGAAGAAAACGUUUAAUAACUCCUGGGUUGGGUUCUACUCUUCUGAAGGCACCUUGGAUCAUAAGACCUGGCAAUGGGCUGUAAAGUUCUCUGAGGAAAGCUGCUCUGAUUGGGCAGAUAUACCUGGGUAUGAUGUCUAUGUGUACAAGUCUAGUAUGACCAUGUCUCCUGGGGUCCAGGCCAGAUUCAUACUGGAGAAAUCUGGGGGUGAAAAGGCACGCACUCCACCCUGGGAGAGACUUGUCCAGGGGUGAUCUCACCUGAUGACAUUAAACAUGUUGGUGAUGUUUUCAUUUAUAACUGCUUGUGUAAUUGCUUUUGUUAAUGUUUAACAUUUAUGUACCCUGCUUUUCAUUUAGAUUCAUUGUAAUUGUUCAUCUGUGUGAAGUGUAAAAGAGAAUCUGUUCCCAAAAAUCCCUUCUUGUCACAGUCGUCAUAAUGAUUGGACCAAGGCGCAGCGUGGGUAGAGUUCCACAUAUUUUAAUAAAUCGAAACUCACCGAACAAAACAAUAAAGCACAAA